UCCAUCAGUAUCGCUGCUGAGAUGGCCACCCCUGCCACACUUCUGCUGUUGUGUAACAUCACCUUUACCUGGAGCCUGAAAGUUCCAGGUAGUGCAGACUUGCGGGAGGACAUUGCACCACAGGAAGUGCACUUUCACUCAUUAGACUACCGGAACAUUCUGCGCUGGGAGCACCGUGGUCUGUCUCUCGGGAACCCACAAUACUUUGUUCAGUACAAAAUCUAUGGGCAAAAGCACUGGACCAAGGCCACUCAGUGUCAGGGUAUCAGCCAACCUCGCUGCGACCUGAGCCAGGAGACAUCAGACCCCAGGGAGUGGUACUACGCCAGGGUCCGGGCGGUUCUCCACAGGGCCCGGUCCACAUGGACCCUCAGCCCCAGGUUCAACCCACACUGGGAGACUUCCGUCAGCCCACCCGAGGUGAAGAUGCAUGUGACGGAGCAAGGCAUUGUGGUUCGACUUCGGCCGCCGAUCUCCCCCUACAGGAGACGAAAUGGCAGCCGGGUAGCUGUAAGGAAGCUGCAGAGACUGCAGUACAGAGUAUACCUGACCCACGACGGCAUUGUGCAGGAACAGCAUGACCUGAGGAGCUGUACUAGGAAGGUCCUCAUCACGGAUUUGAGACCCAGAACCACCUACUGCCUCCAGGCUGAAAGCCACAUCCUGCCGCAGGACCGACGGAGCGUGAAGAGCAAGGCAGUGUGCGCUACCACACAGUGAGAGCAUCCAUUACCUGCGCAGGAAGAGGAAGAGCUGCUUCCGAAUUUCACCAACGUGCAGAACACUUCACAUCAACAUGACAAUGAUCAGGAAGUAUUUAUGCAGAGACAUCUUAACUUCUGCAGGAGGGAAACACUUGAGACCUCAGUAAUUAUGCGGAUAAUUUGCUGUUAUGUGGAUUAUUUGCGCUCGCCGAAUUAAAUGCUGUUGCCAUGUAA